UACUUGAGAUUGGGUACAUCAGAUUGGGAUUUCAUCAGAUCAGAGACCGAGGGGACAGAAAAUACAACACAAGAAGACAAGAAAAGUCAGAAUCCAGGAGAAGAGGACUGUGUUUAUUCCUGAGUGAUGGCUGGAGUAUGGCGCUGCAUGCUGGCAGCGGCUGUGUUGAUGUGUGUGUGCUUAUGGGAUUCCACUGAGGCUGUAGGGGGGGCUGUAAGUCGUCCACGACCCCAAAGACGACGUCGUCCGAAGCCAAAGGUCGACCCCAUUGACCUGGCCCCCGCUGCACAGAACGUAGACAUACAACAGAUGACAGGAACAUGGUACCUGCUCAACAUGGCCUCUAAAUGCUCUCACCUGAUAAACCAUGGGACCAAGGUGCAGCCAACGGUGCUGACCCUCACUCGCUCCCCCGACUCGGACCAAACCCUGUCUGUUAGCACUAAAACCCGACAUAAUCACCAGUGCUGGGAGAUACAACAGGUCUACCAUCUUUCAGCAGCCCCAGGCAAGCUGACACUUAAAGGACCUCGUUCUGAGUUGAACACGGAGAUAGUGAUCGGGGAGACGGACUACAGCUCCUACGCCAUCAUGUACUUCCAGAAACGGGGCCAGAUCAGCAUGAAACUCUACAGCAGAUCGGUAGACAACCUGUCCGAGCCCAUGUUGAGCAAGUUUGAGCAGCUUGCAGAAAAACAGACAUUUGGACUGGCAUACCUCUUCCCCUUCCCCACCUACAGUCAUUGUGGAGAUGUGGACCAGGACCAUGUCAUCAACUGUGACCCCGAAUGCUGAGGAGGCAGAACUGAGCUGCACACAUUCAGCCUUCAGCAUCAAGGACUAUCAAUUGUAAAGCACUCAAUUGUCAGCAGUUACAGAUAAAUAAACCAUACAGAGCACAA